CUAAGCAUGAGUCCAUGUGCAUUUUAUGAAGCUCGAGGGAGAGAUCCACCUUCAAUGGGUCUUCACAUUAAUACCCUCUUCAAGAAAAAGAGAACACAUAGCUAACCAAUGUAACAAUGGCAUUCAAACAUCAAACCUACAAAUUCUCUUCUCCUUCUUUCUUUAACUUGUUUUCCAUCAAAUCUUCAACCAUUUUUACUAUAAUCCUCAUAUUUUCUUCCUUUGUUUACUUCUUCACUCCAUUUAGAUAUUCUCAAGAAACAUUUUUUAAUGUCAAUGAAGCACAAAUAUUCAAAGGUGAUCUAAGGGAUGCUAGAUUUCCAUGGAACAAGCUCUGUUUUGGCCCCCCGUCUGAGAAGCUCAAGCUUGCGGUUUUCUCCAAAACAUGGCCAGUUGGUGCAGCCCCUGGUGGAAUGGAGCGACACGCUUCCACAUUAUACAGUGCUCUAGCUGCAAAAGGCCAUGAAAUACAUGUUUUCACCGUGCCCUCAGAUAAAAGGCCUCGCAAUGACAUUCAACAAGGCAGUCUACAUGUUCACUUUGCAGCAAACGAUCAUGGAUCAGUAAAUAUUUCAUUAGCAUUUGAUAUAUUCAAUCAGGAGAACUUAAUAGGCGAAUUUGAUUAUGUGCACACUGAAAGUGUUUCGUUGCCUCAUUGGCGUGCAAAAAUGGUGCCUAAAGUGGCUGUAACAUGGCAUGGAAUAUGGUAUGAAAUAAUGCACUCCAAGCUCUUCCAGGAGCUUCUUUCUAGUUCUGAUGGAAAGUUGCCAGGGCCAAUGACCGAACUUCAAGAAGCAAUGCCGCGGCUUGUUGAUGAAAUUAAGUUCUUUUCGAGCUAUAAACAGCAUAUCUGUAUUAGCAACAGUGCUGGUGAGGCUUUGGUUAAUGUGUAUCAGAUUCCACAGAGAAAUGUUCAUGUCAUACUUAAUGGAGUUGAUGAGAGGAAGUUUGUUCAGGAUCCUAAAUCUGGUCAAAAAUUUAGGGACAAACACGGGGUGCCUAAAAAUGUGAGUCUGGUGAUGGGUGUGGCAGGACGAUUAGUCAGGGACAAAGGGCAUCCCCUUCUGUAUGAAGCCUUUUUGACGAUAACUAAGCACCAUCCUGGAGUUUUUCUACUUGUAGCAGGAUCAGGUCCGUGGGGAAAGAGAUACGCUGAAUUAGGCCCUAGUGUGAAGGUAUUAGGUGAACUGGAGCCUUCUGAACUGUCUGAGUUUUAUAACGCGAUUGACUUGUUUGUGAAUCCAACUCUGAGGCCUCAGGGGCUUGAUCUAACACUAAUGGAAUCAAUGCAUUGUGCCACACCAGUUCUGACUCCAAACUAUCCAAGUAUUACAGGAACAGUGGUGUUGAACGAAGGAUUUGGCUACACAUUUGCACCUAACGUAGCAUCUUUUGUAGAAGCUAUGGAAUUAGCAAUAAGAGAUGGAACUGAAGUGUUGCAGAGAAAUGGUAUGGUCUGCAAGAACUAUGCACUUUCGAUGUUUAAAGCAACUAAAAUGGCAUCAGCUUAUGAGAGGUUUUUUCUCUGCAUGAAGAACACUAGAUACUGUCAGUACCCUCUUGCCACAGACUGCUAGCUGAUUUGUUAUUUCAGGCUUUCAGCUUCUUAUCAUUUGUUAGUACUCUGAAUUUCGAAACAUAUCACAAGAUAAAAUAUACAUAUUACACAGCUAGAUAGAAACUAUAUAUAGUUAGAUUACAACAUCACACUGGGUCAGAAAGUGCUACUGAUUUGUAUUUAAAACUUCAAUUGUCCGUCUGAUUUCUUAAUGCAAUUCUAAAAUCCGCGGAAUCAGAGAUUAUAUAUGCAUAUGAAAAGCAAAAUAC